UUUCCCCAAGUCCCCCGCACCAAUACAACCACAUCUUCACUGCUCACGCACAAUUUCACAGCAAACAUGCUGUACCUCGUGGGACUUGGUCUAGCGGAUGAGAAGGACAUUACGGUCAAAGGCUUGGAGAUUGUGAAGAAGGCCGAGCGCGUAUAUCUCGAAGCAUACACGGCGGUUUUGCUCGUGGAGAAGGAUGUACUUGAAGCCUUCUAUGGCCGCGAAGUCAUCAUAGCCGACCGUGAAAUGGUCGAAUCAGCCAGCGACGACAUACUCAAAGAUGCCAACAAAGUUGAUGUCGCAUUCCUGGUCGUAGGAGACCCAUUUGGAGCGACAACACACACCGACCUCGUCCUCCGCGCCCGCGAGCUUUCCAUCCCUACGCGCUCUAUCCCCAACGCCAGCAUCCUGACCUCAAUCGGCACAACCGGUCUACAACUCUACAACUUCGGGCAAACUGUGUCCAUGGUCUUCUUCCUUGACAACUGGAAGCCUGCCUCCUUCUACGACCGUAUCAAAGAGAACGUAUCCAUCGGCUUGCACACGCUCGUCCUGCUCGAUAUCAAGGUCAAGGAGCAGAGCUUAGAGAAUAUGGCGAGAGGACGCAAGAUCUAUGAGCCACCGCGGUAUAUGACAGUCGCGCAGUGUGCGCAGCAGAUGCUCGAGAUCGAAGCAGAUGUCAAGCAGGAGGGCGUGUAUACAAGGGACAGUCUCGCGGUGGGUGUCGCAAGGGUGGGCGCCGAGGAUCAAGGGAUUGUUGCAGGCACAUUAGCACAGCUAUGUGAUGCUGACCUAGGGAAGCCGCUGCAUAGUCUGGUGCUGUUGGGAAGCAGGACGCACGAUCUUGAGCGGGAUUUCCUCGAAGAGUUUGCCGUGGAUAAGGAGAGUUUCAGGGCGGUGUGGAAGAGAGACUAUGAAGGGAAGGCAUGAGUGCAGAAGCGCUUUCUGAAUGCGACUCAAGCUGAUUGUUGGGCACCUGAAUGCUCAAGCAGCUGUUUAGUACGGCUAGCUAGCGUCGUUGCGUUUACGGCCCCGCGCCGCAACAAAUUAGAGGCAAAUAAUUCUCUCCAUCCAAAGUGUCACAUGAAUGCCAAGCACGGAUGGUCCGUGCUGGGUUAUCUAUAUCAUUCACUCAGCUGUUAGUUUAGAUCGAACCUUACAAUACAUGCAUCACACCCCC